UACACAUUCGUCAGAUGGAUUUUAAACGCACCACGCAUUCGAGGACUGGACAUUAGUUAUAUGUAAACGGUCCAGCAUGACUGAUAAAAAAUCCACAUUGUCUUUUGAGAGCUGGGUGGACAAGCUAAAUGGAAAAUGGACUCCUCUGAUUUUCCUAACAUUGGGCAUAUUGGCAUUUAUGUACCCAGUGUGUUUUAAUCCAAUUGAAUGUGGGUUUCCAGCAGAAUUCACACAAUCCAUGGUUGAUUAUGGAAAAGCUCGGUGUUAUAAAGCUAGAACAGUAAGGAACGUACCUGAUAAAACCAGCCAUCAAAAUACCUUUCUAUGGGUAUCUGUCGAAGAUGUCGAAACUUCCGGUGAAACAACCCUAUACCAAUAUGUAUCUCUAUUUCUGAUAGUGCAGGCUAUUUUUCUUCGAAUUCCGUUAAUGAUAUGGAAUCUGGGAAAAACGAAGUUUGGCAUUCAUUUCAUUGUUCAUACAGGAGGCGGUGAAGAAGUCGGCAAAUCUGAGGGCAAGAGGCUCGCGAUCUACAUCUACCAAUGGAUACAAAACCGGAAAAUUAACAUUUUAUCUCUUGGGUCAUUUACAAUAUUUCAAUGCUUUAUUAAAUUAAUGUAUUUUGUGAGUGUUUCCAUCCACUUGGGAUUUUUGGAUUAUGUCCUGGGGCAGAACAAUAAAAUUAACUUUGGUUCAUUUAUCACAGGAAAGACGAAGGAAAACAACUUGACUGUGUGGAAACCCUCUCUAUUUUUUCCCCAACACAUCAUGUGCAAUUAUACUUAUUAUAUUUACCAGCGUACUCGAAAAUAUAGUGUUUCAUGUACUUUGACACUGAAUCCGUUUUUGGAACAGAUGGUGGCGGUGGCAUGGUGUUGGUUAAUCUUCUGUAUCUCUGCCACUAUAGCUGAUGGUAUAUUUCAUGUAUUUGGUGCCGUACUGCCAUUUUUCAGAGUUUGGUUUGUACAAUCAAAUCUGCUAAAAUCGGAACUGGGAAAUUCAAGAGAAGCCUUGUCAGACCGCAAUAUUCAACGGUUUUCAACCACCUUGGGAGAAGAUGUAAUUUCUUUUUUGAAGCACGUCCAAGAUAGUGAAAGCGGAAGUGUUGUCAUGGAAACAGUCACUGAAUUAUGGAGGAUGUAUCAUGGCGACUUACAACACGCCUCUGCAAUUUUAUCACAUCCUGUACAUUCGACAGCCGUUAUGUCGAACCCUCGAACACAGCAAUCACAUACCCAGCCAGAAAAUUUUCAACAAGAGUCAGAGUCGAGCGCAGGUCAAGGUCAUAAACCGACGGCACCUUUGUUAUAUCCGGUCUAUCCAACCAGUACACUAUAAGGUAUAUUAUUUUUCACGGUAAAAAAAUGGAAGGGCAUAAAACAUGUGCAUAUAACGUAUCAUUCGAAUUUAAAUUCUUAAUAAAUAAACUAUAGUUUGUAUUACACACAUUAACGCUUUCGUUCUAGGAAAGGAAUAUAACUACAUGUAGAAAAUGUUAUGACGAGAGAAUGAGAGUUUGGAAGUAAUUUUCGUAAUUUAAUCCAGUAAUAAUUUUAUAUAGUUCAUAAGGUUAUAAGCCUCUGGACCACAAAUUGGCACUAGUGGUUCAUUGUAAAUGCGUGAAUAUUCUUUAUUACUCGAGACUGCCAUGUUUUCAGUUUACAGUUUGUUGUUAUUCUUUCGUUUGACAAAUGUUCACUUGCUUUCAAAUUGUCAUUAUCGCAGACAUGGCACGAUAACCGAACGUUUAUGUACUUGAAAUUGAAACUACAUGUAUAAUAAAAAAGUACAAAACAAUA